GCUCACUUGAUAAGGCCUCCUCCCUCCCUCUAAACCCCUUCAGCCCCCCAAAAUAAACACAGAGCAAAGAGAGAGGGAAAUGGCUUACCAUCUCUGCUCUUCACCUUCCUCCCUUUUCCACGACCGUCAACCUCUCUGCAACUUUCUUUCCUCUCCACCAAAACUUGGUUCCAAAGCCUCCACUUUCACCUACUCUUUCAAGCCCACUCUUCUCCCAUCUCAACCAAAAACCUUACUUCAAAUAACCCAUGUUUCUCUACAAGACCCAAUCCCACAAGAAACCCAGAACUUAAACCCCUCAAAGGGCAAUGAUUCUCAAUACCCAGAUGGGAAAUCGGGGUCCUCCUCCAAAAACUAUAUCUGGGUCAAUCCCAAAAGCUCCAGAGCUUCACAGCUUCGCAAGAAUUCCUAUGAUGCAAGGUAUGCUUCUCUUGUGAAAAUGGCUGAGUCUUUGAAUUCAUGUAGUCCAAAUGAGGAAGAUGUUGCUGAAGUUCUUAGGGGUUUAGGUGAUAGAAUUUUAGAACAAGAUGCUGUGACUAUUAUUAAUAUUAUGGUGAAUCCAGAAACUGCAUACCUUGCACUUAGGUACUUUCAACAAAGGUUGAAACUAAGUAGAGAGGUGAUACUCUAUAAUGUGACUUUGAAAGUGUUUAGAAAGUGUAGGGAUUUUGAUAGAGCAGAGAAGCUGUUUGAUGAAAUGCUUGAGAGAGGAGUUAAGCCUGUUAACACUACGUUUUCGACUAUGAUUACUUGUGCUAGGCUAUGUUCAUUUCCACAUAAGGCUGUCGAGUGGUUUGAGAAGAUGCCCAGUUUUGGGUGUGUUCCUGAUGGUGUUACGUAUUCGGCUAUGAUAGACGCCUAUGGACGGGCUGGUAAUGUUAAUAUGGCUUUGAGUUUGUAUGACAAAGCUAGAACUCAAAAGUGGCGUAUUGAUCCAGUGACGUUCUCAACAUUGAUUAAAAUCUAUGGAACGUCGGGAAAUUUUGAUGGGUGCUUGAAUGUUUAUGAAGAGAUGAAAGCUCUUGGUGUGAAGCCUAACUUGGUUAUAUAUAACACUUUGAUUGAUGCAAUGGGAAGAGCUAAGAGGCCUUGGCAAGCUAAGAUCAUUUACAGAGAGAUGAAAAAAAAUGGAUUUUUGCCGAAUUUCGGGACAUAUGCGUCUCUUUUACGGGCUUAUGGUAGAGCUCGAUAUGGUGAAGAUGCGCUUAGUGUAUAUAAGGAGAUGAAGGAGAAGGGGGCGGAGUUGACUAUAGUUCUCUACAACACUCUUUUGGCUAUGUGUGCUGAUCUUGGCUAUGUUGAUGAGGCUGUUGAGAUUGUUGAAGAUAUGAAAAAUUCCGGGACCUGCAAGCCUGACAGUUGGUCUUUUUCAUCCUUGAUUACCAUAUAUUCCUGCAGUGGUAAAGUCUCAGAGGCUGAGGUGACAUUGAAUGAGAUGUUCGAAGCAGGUUUUGAGCCAAACAUCUUUGUUCUGACAUCACUCAUACAAUGUUAUGGGAAAGCUCAGCGUACUGAUGAUGUUGUGAGGACAUUCCAUCGACUCUUGGAGUUGGGAAUUACUCCAGAUGAACGCUUCUGCUGUUGUCUUCUGAAUGUCAUGACCCAAACACCAAAGGAAGAACUUAGUAAGCUUACUGAUUGUGUUGAGAAGGCUGAUUCCAAGCUUGGUCAUGUGGUACAACUAUUGGUGGGGGAGCAAGAUAAUGAUGAAGAAUUUAAAAGGGGAUCAUCAGAACUCUUUGAUUCCAUUGGUUCUGAUGUAAGGAAGGCAUAUUGCAAUUGCUUAAUUGAUAUCUGUGUCAAACUAGAUCUGUUGCAGAGAGCAUGUGAGCUACUAGACUUGGGGAUUACACUUGAGAUAUACACAGAUAUUCAGUCUAGGUCUUCAACCCAGUGGUCUCUAUAUCUAAAGGGUCUCUCUCUUGGUGCAGCCUUGACUGCAUUACAUGUAUGGAUAAAUGAUUUGACUAAGGCAUUGGAAUCUGGGGAGGAGCUUCCUCCGUUGCUUGGAAUCAAUACUGGACAUGGGAAGCACAAGUACUCAGAUAAGGGAUUAGCAGCUGUUUUUGAGUCACAUUUGAAGGAACUCAAUGCUCCAUUCCAUGAGGCUCCAGAUAAGGUUGGCUGGUUUUUGACUACAAAGGUUGCGGCCCAAUCGUGGUUAGAGUCUAGAAGUUCACCUGGAUUAGUUGCUGCUUAGGUGUUUUAUGAACUGCUCUUCUCAUUGAUAUGUAAUGCUUAGAAGUGGUAUGUGCUGCUUCUCAAAUGCUUCUUUUAUUUGUUUUUGAUCUUAUCUCUCAGAGGAGAUGAUAUUAGACGAUGAAAUCUAUUUAUACUUUAAUCUCUUGUAGAGUUAAUGAAGUUUUAAGAAUUUUUUGAUAAAA